AUAACUAAGCUGGAACGCCUUCAAAGUUUUGUUUAGAUUAUUGUACAGUAACAUUUAUCUGAAAUGUCCUCUAAAUGUACAGCAUAUGUACGUCGAAGCCUUCAUCGCCUCCAUUCAUUCAAACAGGAUGUGACACGUUCAUCAGAUUUAUGUGACACGUCCAAGUCAAACGUGAACCUCGUGUUCAACACCAAAUAUCCCCGCUGUGUCAAAGAACAGCUCACACUGAUAUGGUUCAUAUUAAUAAAAGAACUGUGUGUUUAGAGUGAAACGCGAUGUUGCGCACUUCACUUUGUUGAAUGUGUCACAUCCUCUUUAGAGAGCGGAUGAAGAUGGAUUCAGUCAUCUCUGCAGUUUGAGAGAACACUGUUUAUAAAAACGAGACUCUCUGGAUUAAAUUCUGCAGACGUUGACCAUUUUUCAUCCUACAUGUCUCUCGUCUGUUUUCAGUAUCUGAUAAAACACUUGCCGUUACUUCACAUUUCAGCAGUUUGAGUCUAUUUACAGUACAACAUCUAUGAUUGACUCUGUUGUUUGUCUCCGGCAAACUUUAUGGGAGUCAUUAGGUUUCAUUAUAUUUAUGACAGUUUCAUUGAAGAAAAAAAAAUGCUUCAGUUCAGAAAACCAUCUCAACAUGCCUUAAACAUUUACAUUAAAAAAAAUACAUGUCUGACAGAAGCAUUAAAUCUUUUAAGCACAGCAACUAACUCAUUUCUUUCCUGUAAAUUAAAGGAAUUCAACAAAAAAAAGUCACUCUAUAUGCAGAUGAUGUGUUUUUUGUAAUCUCUUCCUUUGAAUAACACUAAAUGUGUUUUUUUUAGGGUUUGUACACUUACUGUAUAUAAUGCAUAUACAUUCACAUAGAACCUUGUCAGCAUUAAAGCUUGUUCCAGUCUUGGCUUCAGCAAUAGUUUUGUUCAUUUUUAACCACCGUCUGUAAACUUGCCGUGCCACUAAAUGUCCACUUAACUUCCCUUUACACAACCUCAUAGAUAACAAAACUCAUAGAUCACAAUACUGUCAUAUCACACAUCAUCAUGUUGUGUUUUAAUAGGUACUUUAUUUAACUUUUUGUCCUGUUUGGUAUUUUUCUAUCUUCAACUACAUCUGUUAUAUGUACUUUCUGUUUGCUCUGAUGUAGAUGAAGUUGUUUUGCACUAAAUAAUAUUAACUUCUUAUUUUCUCACAGAACCUUCAUUUUCCUUCAUCCUUCACAACUAAUGGAGAGUUUUCCUGACAACGUCAGCUCCACUCCCAACACUGAGCUGCUCCUGAGACCCGACCUGAUAAACUGCAGUAACUGGAGUCAGCAGUGGGGGGCGCCACAUUUACACAGGUUAGCCCACCUGGAUGUGCAGCUGUACCAAGACUUCUAUGCUGUGUGGGUCUCUCUGAUGGUGUGUAACUGCCUGAUGCUGGUGGGCGGUGUUGUCCUCAACUGUCUGGCUCUCUAUGUCUUCUGCGGGGCCUCUGCCCACUCCUCAGCCUCUGUGGUUUACACCAUCAACUUGGCUGUAGCUGACCUGCUGGUGGCGCUGUCACUACCAGCACGCAUCGCCCUGUAUCACAGUGGGGGGAGCUGUGUGGCCUGCUCCUACGUUCACACCUUCAGCUACUUUGUCAACAUGUACUGCAGCAUCCUGUUUCUGACCAGCAUCUGUAUAGAUCGGUACCUCGCUGUUGUCCACGUGUCCAGCACUCUUCAUCGAUGGAGAACCACAGGAGCAGCAAAGUGCAUCAGUGGCACCGUGUGGUUCAUCGCUGUUGUGGUCACCUAUUCUUUCCAGACCACAGCGCUGGAGUUCAGCUCCUCCUGCGUGCUCCUCCCUGCCCUCUUCUACCUCACCAUCCUGGAGUUCCUCCUCCCCCUGCUGGUCGUGGUCGUGUUCACACUGCGUGUCGCCUGUUUUCUUUCUUCCAGUCACGGCCUGAUUCCUCAGCAGAGCAGGGCGAGGAGGGCGAGGGCCAUCAGGCUUCUGGCCACCGUCCUCGUGGUCUUCACCAUUUGUUUCACACCCUUCCACAUCCGGCAGGUGCUUGUCUACUUCCGGGUCAAAGUGGGAGGGGAGGGUCCGAGUCAGGGGGCGGGGCAUGUGCUUGCCUAUCACAUCACAGUAUCUCUGAGCAGCCUCAACAGCUGCCUGGAUCCAGUGGUCUACUGCUUUGUGACAGACAGCUUCAAGAGAGUGUGGAGGACAAGGAGGAGGGGCCGGACGGAGUGGGACAGGGAGGCCGGGCACUCGAGUGGAGGAGAAGCUGAGAGGAUCUCAGUGAAUAAAUGUCCUGGCACGGCACUGGCAAUAGCCCACAGCAUAGCCACUCUCGCACUCACCAACGCACCCCUCUCUGCAGUCAGCAUGGACCAGUCUGCUUAGGCAGGUGGCCACCACUCAACCUGUGGAUGGACUAGUCCAGAGAGACUCACCAGUGACGGAUCUAGAUAUAUAAAAAAAAACAGAAAUAAACAUAAACACUGCAAAUUUAUCAAGAUGAACAAAACAACGGAUCCAUCCCUCAUCGAGAGUCCAGUGAAAGUUUUUUGAAAUCAUUUUUAAGACUGAGAUGAGUUUUCCUUUUAUUUUCUCGCCAUCUUAAACAGGUUGCAGUAGAAAACCGGAAAAUCAGUCACUCAGAACCAUGUUUUCACCUCUUUAUCGCUCUGACCUUGUGUGGACGUUGACCUGGAACUGGUGAGAAAUUAACAGCUUUGCUGUGAAAUCAAUGAACUCAUGCUAAUGGAAGAUGCUGCAUGAUGAAAUUAUGAUGUUGGUG